GCCAUGACAUUGGCAGCAACAAAAAAUUCAACUGAAAAUGGAAGAAGUGAAGGUUCUAGGGUCGUGGCCUAGUCCUUAUGGUUACAGGGUUCAAUGGGCUCUGGAACUUAAGGGUGUCGAGUAUGAAUACAGAGACGAAGAUUUAUUUAACAAAAGUGAUAUGCUCUUGAAGUAUAAUCCAGUUCAUAAAAAGAUCCCAGUUCUUGUUCAUAACGGGAAACCAAUUGCAGAAUCCGCUGUUAUUCUUGAGUACAUUGAGGAGACAUGGCCUCACAAUCCUUUGCUUCCAAAGGAUCCUUAUGAAAGGGCCAUGGCACGGUUCUGGAUCAACUUUGUGGACGAUAAGGAUAAGGCUGCUCCAUUCGUGUCAUUCUUCAUUACCGCUGGAGAGGAGCACAAGAAGGCAGCCAAGGAAGCGAAGGAGUUGCUAAAGAUGUUAGAAGAACAAGCUCUUGGGGAGAAGAAAUAUUUCGGUGGUGAGGAAAUUGGGAUGGUGGACUUGGCCAUGGGGUGGAUGGCUGCCUCUUUUGGAGUCAUUGAAGAGAUAGUUGAUGUAAAGAUACUAGAUGCUGAGAGCUUCCCUCGCUUACAUGCUUGGAUUCACAAUUUCAGGGCACAUCCUGCGAUAAAAAACAACCUUCCUGAUCAUGAUCAGUUGUUCGUCUCUUUCUCCAAGAAAAGAGAGAUGUUUCUUGCGUCCACCACAACAUGAAGACUAGCUUUCAUUUCCUUCAUAUAUAUGCUUGCUUAAUUCCUAGCUAGUACUGGACUAAUAUGUGUGAGGCAAAUAACCACUACUAUUUCCUCUAUAUAUUUUGCUUGUUCAAGCUAUAAUUGAAGCCCAGUUUUUUUUUUUUCUUUUUUCCCUUCGCUUGAGAAAUUGAAUUAGGUAAUUUUGGUUGUC